GCCAGAAACAGGAAGUGUAAAAAAAACCCCGAGCAAAACACGGAAGUGGAGCGGCUUUAGUUAGCUCAGCGGGAAAGUGAAAGCAAAUCAGGCCGGAGCAGGAGGACGCACAGGUAAUGCUAAGGAAGUGUUAGCUUCAGUUCAACUGCUGAGACAGUCACCGACUGAGAGAAAUAAAAAGACCGAGAACCGAGGCUGUAGCUAUUUCAGUCCCACAGCGGGCUCACAGGAUUAGAGGCUUCCCUGGGACCACUCUCUCUUUUGCUAGACUGCCCCUCCUUUUUCCUUUCUCCAAUAUGAACCCUCCAGGAGCAUGCUGGGAUAGAUGCAAUGAUGAAGAUGACCUGCCCCAGAUGGACGGCACAUGUGACGCGUGUGAACCAGAUGAACCGCAGCCGGCUACGCAAAUGUGUGUGAUUUGCCGCUUUGCCUUCUGCGUGGUCCACGCCGAAAAACACACACGCAGCACCAGACAUCCAAUUCAGCCCUACACCCCCCCAGAACCUGGAGUAAAUGCCAACGCACACAUCAAUGCUCAACCCGAGGCACAUGAAAACCGGCUGGAGGAGGCCAAGGCUGCUGGGGGUGGAGGUGAAGGGAUGGAGGAGCAGGACAAGGAGCAGAGUGUGUGUGAAUCAGGAAAGAGAGACACAGUGACAGUAGAAAGACUGAGAUGUAAGGAUCAUGGAGAGGAGGGCUCGUUGUACUGCAAACAGGAUGAAAAGAUUGUGUGUGUGCUGUGUGCUGUACAGGGAGAUCACCGAGAACAUGAGAUCAUCACACUCCGGGAAGCCUACAUGUGGCAGAAGAGUAAAGAGGGCAUAGAUCUGCUAGCAUGCACACAAGAAAUGUCAGAGAAGAUCAAGACCAAGUGGACCAGUCCAGAAAUGAGCCCAGACGAGCUGGAGCGCUACGUGAACCAGCAGUUUGACGAGUUACAGAGACUGGUGCGUCUGGAGGAGUGGAGAGUGCUUCACCUGGUAGACCUGAAGGAAGCCUUUUUGACAGCACAGGCUGCUGAGAAGAUUGCUGAGAUCAGCGUUCACACUGAGAAACUGCAGGAGGAGAUGGACUCCAUCACACAGCAGCUGGGUGAGCUUGACCAUGCUGAGCAAAAUGGAGUGGCCCCAGCCGGCCUGGCACCUCUGCUGGCAGGACAACCGCGGCCGCCUGGUGCUGCUGUUCGGGAAGCAAGGCCUCUGAUGGACCCUGAAGCCAGACCAAGACUACCUGCUCAGCAGCAAGACCCUCAGGAUCCUCGAGACUAUGGAGAUGGAGGAGACUCUUCCAUGGGCCAUGCUCCAUAACAGCAACAUUAAAGUCUAACUUCUGCUAUCUUCUGCCUUAUUCUUAUGAACUGGAACAUUGGAGUGGACUGUCUGUCUUUCUAGCUACUGAAACUACCUUUCAGUAUCGACUUUCUGCUUGGGUUGUUGCCUUUUUCUGUUCAGCCUUUGCUGCUUGUCUUCUCCUGAGGAAGAGGAUGAAUUGAAUGGAGUUGAUUGCAAUCAGAGUGAGUCUUCAACACCAGUCAGACACUUGGCUGAGGAUUUGCAGCUUAAGGACACACAAAGAAAGAUGGGAAUGUAAACCAAAUCCAGUUUGCCUUCAUUUGUAUAUUUUGUCAUGAUUAUAGUGCUGGAGUUGUAGAAUAUGAAUACCCAACCUAGUAUACAAGUACAGUGUAUACUAAAUUGCAUACAUUCUUGGGCAGUUGCAAUUAAUUCUUGCAUUAAUUCUUGGACAGUUGCAUUAAUUCUUUUUUAGUUUUACCCUAUUUCCUCCCAAUUUGUUUAUUUUUCUAUUCCCACCCACUAGCUAUGUAUGUUCUGUCACAUGACAGCUACCAACCAGGGAGGAUGAAAGCAAACACAUGCUUCCUCAGAGACAUGUGAAGCCAGCCACUGCAUCUUUGCAAACAGCUGCUCAUGCAUCAAAGGUCAGCGUAACAUACUCAGAGGAAAGUGCUAACUGCCCUCUUAUAUGAGCUCGCAGACACCCACGAUUGCUCGCUCUGAUUGACGUAGGAGAGAGUAAUGCUAUCCCUCCCACCCAAAGAGCACAGCCAAUUUUGCUCUCUCGCUGUGGCAUUGUCGUGAAUCAAAGCUUGCAAUCUCCUGAUGAUCAGAGCCGCCCAGGAGCCAUACAAAGUGAAGAUGGUAAGAAAGGUUGGAAAUUGUUAUCUGUUGUUGUCCAUACAUAGAUUCAGUACUGCAGAAUGCCUUAAAAAAACAAUAUCGGUUUGGUGAAAACACCAAAAGUUUGAUGCAAGAGAGGCAGAAAUGAGAGAGGAAAAACCACCAAAAGUUAAAAAAAAUGUCCAUAUUUAACAUGGAACAUCUCUGUCUGAACUGUAGCAAAAAAACUGUAUUUUUUUUAUACUGUCCUCACUUGAGGAAAAAUGUGUGUAAUUAUUGUAGGAAGCUAAGGGCUUUUUGUAAAUGGCACUCAUAUAAGCACAUACAAUCAUUUUUCAUGGACACAUGAUUACACUUGGAAAUGUACCCAUGAAGUUUUGAAUGGCUUUGUAAAUAGGUUUAGCAUCUCCUCACUGCCACUUUUUAUUUUUGUGCUGGAACAUAUGACCUUCAUUUAAUGUGCCCUUCUGUUGCUUAUGAUGCUGAUGAAAAUGUGACAGUUUUUGUUCAAAACUUCAAAAAGUAUGAGAUGCCUUUAAUUCCACUAAUCAUUUGAACAGACAAUAGACUUUCACUGUACAAUAAAAUUCAUGGAGUGUGAUUCUAUCCCCCCCUUCAGCUGCUCCUGUUCAGGGUCACAACAGCGGAUCACUCGUCCGCAUAUUUUGAUUAUGGCUCAAGUUCCUGAUGCAAUGCUCCCUAUUUCCGGGCUUGGGACCGGCACUGAAAGCGCACUAGCUCGUGCAACCCUCCAGUGGCUGGGGUUGGUUCCCUGACCAGGGGUCGAACCCAGACUGCAGCGAAGAGUGUGCUGCAUGCUAACCACUAGUCCACCAAGUGAACCUAAACAUGUGUAUUGUAUAUAAAAACACAAUACUGCAGAAAAAGGAAGAAGGUGCAAAACAUAAAAUGUAAAAUGUACAAGAAACUGCAUUUACAGUAUGAUGGAAGAGGACAAACAGGUUGUUUCAUGUUUUUCAAUGAAGCAGUGGGAUUUUAGAAAAGACUCUGAAUGGUUUGUUUUCAAAAUCCUAUUAAGAGAACUUAAAAUGCUAUGAUGUAUGUAAGGCCAUCCUCCUUGGGUAUCAGUAUAUAUUAUCGUUAGCUAGAAGACCAUAGGUAAUGAUACAUAAGAAUGAUAACCUGCUUGAAAAAUUGAUUAUGGAUGGAAUGAAUAAUGGGUUGUAGCAAAUGUGUUAGCAUUGUGCUAUAGGUCCAACACAUGAUGCCAUGACUGUGGAAACAUUUACAUGGUUGGAUAUUUGCACACGCUCACUGUUUAUGUCAAUUCUUCAAGGAGAGGCAGAACUUUUUUUUUUUUUUUUUUUUUUUUUUUACAGUGCCAUCAUCUAAACUCUAACUUAUGCAGCAGUUAUUAGUGAUUAGCAAAUAAUGAAUGUGCUUCAAAUUCCUCAUACAGUACAUAUAGCUGAUUCUACUGAAUAGACCACUGUCACACACACAUGCACACACUGUUACACACAUCUUGCUGUCUAUGCUGUUCUGACAUGUAUGUGACAUGUGUGUGACAUGCUCUCCCCUGUGUGUCAUUGUUGUCCAGUGUGCUGCGGCAGCACUUUGGCAAUGUGCAUAUGGGAACAUUAAUCUAGUCUUGGCCGCAGAUAUAAGGAGCAACAACAAACAUUCAGGCCGUUGUCUGCCUUUAUAGAAAUAAUGGGCUUUAAUGGCCCUUUUUAUUCUGCCCCCAUUGAUUGUUAACUCAAGUACUACAACCAGUUCCACACACUUUCUCUGCUCUUUUCGCCUUGCCGCCUGCACCUCCAUGCCACGAUUGAUUUUAAGUCGCAUGACAAGUCAAAAGGAGAAUAGCGAUGGAUUUAACGCUGUCGAAUAGAGGCACAGCUCAGCACGCAGUCAUUAUUUCAUCAUCCAAGACACCUCAAUCACCCCUUUCCGCACCAUCAACGCUAAUAACAACAAAUCUGGUGGAAAACGAUGUGCUUGUUAGUGCAGGGAAGCGCAAAAAAUGUAAAGGAAGAGGGGCUGAUCUAAUUUACUAGCCAUUUUUAAUACAAUCAAUUACCUCUGCUUUCCGAGCUCAUCUGUGCUCGUCUGUUUUUUUCGCCACCACACACAUCUCCUGCUCUGGAGGACAACAGAUAAUGUUUGUGUUGACAACAAUUAAUAGCUUUGUGGGUGAGAUUAAAUUAGUUACGUGAGGUGGGUGUAACACGCAGCAGCACUUUAUAGUGGAGUGUAAAUUAACCUUUUGUUUUUCUGUGCCAUUAAAUAAACAUGCAGAGUAA